AUGACCCGCACACAUAAGGAAGUGCAGACACGCUUUAGAGAAGGAGUAUUAUCCCAUCUAGAACAGCUGGAGUCAUUGUCACAUAAUUUAUCCGUGAAACAAGAGCAGAAACGGCAAGAACAUGAAGCACUUGACAAGAUGAGGGAGACCAUUUUGAAACUACGGCUACAAAGGGAUGAACUCAAGGCGAAAGUUUCACAACAGAAACAACAGCUCCUGGCACUGAAAGUGAAAGAAGAAGAGGUUAUCCCAGAUCCUGAAGAUGCAGCUGAGGGUGCCCAGAAGGCGGCUCUAGAGAUGAGACUGGCAGAAGUGAAGGGGAUUCUGGAGGCAUAUUGGCUGACAGAUCUUUCCAGGUCCUUUCAUCUGUGGGACCCUGCAAAGGAAUUUGUUAUGCACUCUGCUCAGUUUUGA